AAAGCAUGCGCAUUGUCAGCCAAAGAAUUUGAUGGACAAUGAGCAUGCGUAACAUAUCUGAAGUUGAUAAAUUGAAAUCGAACAUGCGUAAUUAACCUUUCUGAAUAGAAACGGCGGGGAGUACAGCAAAAUUCUUCGUUUAAGAAACAUAUGCUUUCGUUCUCUGUGGCUUUUUAGUUCCGGAAAGGAGCAUGCGCAUAGUGAGAGGGUUGAUCCUCUGAAGUUUGAACUCGACGGAAACCGCGGCGGAGUGGAGGGCUGUCAGUGAGUGGCGGUAGCCCGGAGCUCCGCCGGUGGGAAAAGAGUCUUGGCUUUGCCACUUACUAGUUUGGUGGCCUUGAGAAAGUCACACAACAUUUCAGAGCACCAGUUUUUCUUAUCGGAAAAAAAGAUGCUCACUUUUUUUGAAGAAACAGGACUAGUUCAUGGCUCAGCAUGUCAAUAGUAACAGUGCAGCUUGGUCAGUGUGGCAACCAGAUUGGUUUUGAAGUGUUUGAUACUUUAUUUAGUGACUCACAUGAUUUCCAAGGACUCUGUUCUAAAAAAGAAAAUGAGGCAUAUCAAGCAUCUUGCCAAGAAAGAUUCUUCAGGGAGGAAGAAAAUGGAGUUCCAGUUGCCCGGGCUGUGCUUAUUGACAUGGAACCUAAGGUUAUCAAUCAAACUCUGACAAAGGCUUCUCAGUCUGGCCGAUGGAAAUAUGGUCAGCAUGCAUGCUUCUGUCAAAAACAAGGUUCUGGAAACAACUGGGCAUAUGGUUACUCUGUACAUGGACCUAGGCAUGAAGAAUCUAUCAUGAACCUAAUCCAGAAGGAAGUGGAGAAAUGUGACUCCUUGAGUGGUUUUUUCAUCAUAAUGAGUAUAGCUGGGGGCACAGGAUCUGGGCUGGGAGCCUUCAUUACACAGGAUUUACAAGAUCAGUACUCAAACUCUUUAAGAAUGAAUCAGAUUAUAUGGCCCUAUGGAACUGGUGAGGUUAUUGUUCAGAACUACAACUCCAUUAUGACUCUUUCUCACCUGUACCGAUCUUCAGAUGCCCUCCUUGUUCACGAGAACGAUGCUGUCCAUAAGAUCUGUGCAAAGCUCAUGAAUAUCAAGCAGAUAUCCUUUAGUGAUAUAAAUCAAGUCCUUGCACAUCAGCUGGGAAGUGUGUUUCAGCCUACUUAUUCUGAAGAAGGCGCUUUUCACUACAGAAGAAACCCACUAGGUAUUUAUCCCUCUGUGUGCUAUUUGUAUGAAAGUCUCCUACUUUGUAACCCUCAAAGUUAUUUUUUUACUGUCUCCUCUCCUCCACCUGAAGAUACACUCAAAUCUCCCUCAUCUCAAAAACCUUCUCUCAGGCCUGCUUUUAUCUCUGAACUGCUGUACUGAAGUUCUCAAGAAGUUGCUAAAUUUCUCAAGAGUGGUA